AUGGCCACUGAUGCUACGGCACACUUUGGCAUCCUGAUGUUUCACUUCUUCGGUGCCCUCAUCGGAUUCUGGGGCGAGAUAACGGGUUCCGACGCCAUCCACGUGCUCGACAUACUCUGCACGUGCGUCUAUGCCGGCGUCAAGUCCUACCUAACAAGUCCGGAUUACUGGUUCGUCGGAAUGCAGCUGGUGAGCAGGCUCGGGUGCAUGAUCGUGGACGUUCUCUACAAGAAGCUCGUGGUCCCGAGCAUCUACCACGAGUGGAUCGCGAGUUACGGACUCGACCCGCCCGACGAGGGACAGCUGAAGUAG